GGGGGCGGCCCGGGGCGGUGGCCGCACGUCCCGCGGACCCGGUGGCCCAUCGGGCGUGGACCCGGCAUGGCGGGGCCGGGUGGCUCGGGCGGCCCGAUCGGGGCCGGGGCCCUGGCCGGUGGCGCGCGGUCCAAGGUGGCCCCGAGCGUGGACUUUGACCACAGCUGCUCAGACAGUGUCGAGUACCUGACGCUCAACUUCGGGCCCUUUGAGACAGUGCAUCGUUGGCGGCGCCUCCCGCCUUGCGACGAGUUCGUGGGGGCCCGGCGCAGCAAGCACACAGUGGUGGCCUAUAAAGAUGCCAUCUAUGUAUUUGGUGGAGACAACGGGAAGACGAUGCUCAACGACCUCCUUCGUUUCGACGUGAAGGACUGCUCCUGGUGCAGGGCCUUCACCACUGGGACCCCUCCUGCUCCCCGCUACCACCACUCGGCCGUCGUCUAUGGCAGCAGCAUGUUCGUCUUUGGGGGCUACACUGGGGACAUUUAUUCCAAUUCCAACUUGAAGAAUAAAAAUGACCUCUUUGAGUAUAAGUUUGCAACUGGCCAGUGGACGGAGUGGAAAAUUGAAGGACGGUUGCCAGUCGCUAGGUCAGCCCAUGGCGCCACAGUGUACAGUGACAAGCUGUGGAUCUUUGCCGGCUACGACGGCAACGCCAGGUUGAACGACAUGUGGACCAUCGGCCUCCAGGACCGGGAGCUAACGUGCUGGGAGGAGGUGGCCCAGAGCGGUGAGAUCCCGCCCUCCUGCUGCAACUUCCCAGCGGCCGUGUGCCGGGACAGGAUGUUUGUUUUCUCAGGCCAGAGCGGGGCCAAGAUAACCAACAAUCUCUUCCAGUUCGAGUUCAAGAACAAGACGUGGACACGCAUCCCCACCGAGCACCUGCUCCGGGGCUCUCCGCCGCCCCCGCAGCGGCGCUAUGGGCACACCAUGGUGGCCUUUGACCGCCACCUUUACGUGUUUGGGGGCGCAGCUGACAACACACUCCCCAACGAGCUGCACUGCUACGACGUGGACUUCCAGACCUGGGAGGUCAUUCAGCCCAGCUCGGACAGCGAGGUCAGCGGGGCCGAAAUGCCCGAGCGAGCGUCCGCUUCCGAGGAGGCACCUGCCCUGGGCUCUGAGGAGCGGGGCGGCUGCAAGAAGUCCCGGGAUGUGUUCGGCUUGGACUUUGGCAGCAUCACCACCAGGCAGCCCACCCUGCCAGCCUCAGAGCUGCCCAGCGGAAGGCUCUUCCACGCGGCCGCUGUGAUCUCCGAUGCCAUGUACAUCUUCGGGGGCACCGUGGACAACAAUAUCCGCAGCGGGGAGAUGUACAGGUUCCAGUUCUCCUGUUACCCCAAGUGCACGCUGCACGAGGACUACGGGCGGCUGUGGGAGAGCCGCCAGUUCUGCGAUGUGGAGUUCGUGCUGGGCGAGAAGGAAGAGUGUGUGCAGGGCCACGUGGCCAUCGUCACGGCACGCAGCCGCUGGCUCCGCAGGAAGAUUGUGCAGGCGCGGGAGUGGCUGACCCAGAAGCUUGAGGAGGAGGCGGCCCCGGCACUCCGGGAGGGCCCCGCUGGGGCCGCGGGUGGGGCCCGGCCGCCCCUGCUGCGCGUGGCUAUCCGCGAGGCCGAGGCACGGCCCUUCGAGGUGCUCAUGCAGUUCCUCUACACAGACAAGAUCAAGUACCCGCGGAAAGGCCAUGUGGAGGAUGUGCUGCUCAUCAUGGACGUGUACAAGCUGGCACUGGGCUUCCAGCUGUGCCGCCUAGAGCAGUUGUGUCGUCAGUACAUCGAGGCCUCUGUGGACCUUCAGAACGUGCUUGUCGUGUGCGAGAGCGCUGCCCGGCUGCAGCUGGGCCAGCUCAAGGAACACUGCUUGAACUUCGUGGUGAAGGAGUCCCACUUCAACCAGGUGAUCAUGAUGAAGGAGUUCGAGCGCCUCUCAUCUCCUCUGAUCGUGGAGAUUGUGCGGCGGAAGCAGCAGCCGCCUCCCCGCGCCCCCUCGGACCAGCCCGUGGACAUUGGCACGUCUCUGAUCCAGGACAUGAAGGCAUACCUGGAGGGGGCGGGCGCGGAGUUCUGUGAUAUCACGCUGCUGCUGGAUGGGCACCCGCGGCCAGCCCACAAGGCCAUUCUGGCCGCCCGCUCCAGCUACUUCGAGGCCAUGUUCCGGUCCUUCAUGCCCGAGGACGGCCAGGUGAACAUCUCCAUUGGGGAGAUGGUGCCCAGCAGGCAGGCUUUCGAGUCCAUGCUGCGCUACAUCUACUACGGUGAGGUCAACAUGCCGCCCGAGGACUCGCUCUACCUGUUUGCGGCGCCCUACUACUACGGCUUUUACAACAACCGGCUGCAGGCAUACUGCAAGCAGAACCUGGAGAUGAACGUGACGGUGCAGAACGUGCUGCAGAUUCUGGAGGCAGCAGACAAGACGCAGGCACUGGACAUGAAGCGGCACUGCCUCCACAUCAUCGUGCACCAGUUCACCAAGGUCUCCAAGCUGCCCACGCUGCGCUCGCUGAGCCAGCAGCUACUGCUGGACAUCAUCGACUCCCUGGCCUCCCACAUCUCAGACAAGCAGUGUGCAGAGCUGGGUGCCGACAUAUGAGGGCCCACGUGGUGCCGCCCCGCCCUGCCUCGCCCACUGCAAAGACUCUGCUGGCCAUGCUCGGGCCUGUGGCCAAGGGGUCGUGUGCCCAGGGCCUCUGAAGGGAGCUGAGUGGGCGAUUCCAAAUGCCCCAUCUCACUGCUGAGGACACAGGUCCCACAGGAAGUGGACGGUGAAGCGGGAUCCUGGCUGGCACCCUCUCCUUGGGUGGAGGUGUGGGUGGGAAGCCAGGGCUCAGUGGUGAGGACGCUGCAGGAGGAGGCAGGGGUCCUGGCCAGGGCCCAGUGAGGGAAAUGAGCCCACCAGGGAGCUGGCUUUGGGCCCCCUACACAGCAGGGACCCAGCAUGGCUUGUGCAUCCAGCCACUGGGUCAUGUUGCCAAGACCCCUCAAUGUGGGGACCGCACAGCACCCCCAGACCCUCAUCAAGGUUGGUGUAAGGGUUUCCUCCUGCCACCCAGAACUUGGGUAGAUUGAGUCCAACUCCAGGUGAAUUUUGAGGUGUGAAGGGCCCUAAGGUCAGCUCCCAGCCUGCAGGGUCAGCCACUGCGGACUGGGCCAGGCAUCCAGAGGGGCUGUGGGAUCCCACCCACCUGUGUGUGCAUGGGGGCCCUGGGCUGCACCAGAGAGUAGUCAGAGAUGCCCCAGGCCCGCAUCUGUCCCUAAUUAUUUAUUGUCAUAGGCUUGCCUCCAUUAAAGCCACAGCAGUCCUACCUGCACCCACACCUCACUGUGCAGUCCCCACUGGUGGCUCCAGCCCUCCGUCCUCCUGGAGCUGAAGCUGGGCCAUGUGGCCCGAUGGCUCAGGAUAAGCCAGUCUUGCCUGGUUCUGUUCAUGCCAGCAGCUCUCCACCCCCACCCAGGGUGCCCCAGUCACGUAGUGGGAGGAAUGCAGGCCAGCCUCUGGCCUCUCCCAACCUGAGGGGAGCCCUGGGGGCCCGGAGCUGGCUCUCCUGGCUCCUGGACUUCCCUGUAGGCUCCUGCCUGGGCUGGGAAACUGAGGACAGGCCACUGAGUCCUUCCCUGUCCCAACAGAAGGUGCCGACUCCACCCCAGUGGGGAAGGCACCAUUCUGCCUCUCUUCUGGGAACAAGAACCCUUCUGCCCUGGCUGCCAGGAAGCCACUUUGGGGGAAACACAGUCUCUCUCUUCUGAGCCUUAGAGCUCGUUUCCUGCCUCUGGUUGUGCCCCACGUAGACGCAGCAUCUGCCACUCCUCAGGCCUUGCUGAGAAGCCCCAGGUGGACAUUCUUAGGCAAGGGGUGCUCACCUGUAGGCCCAGCAAGCUAGGAAAUGGCCUGUGCAAGGUGCACCUCGGCCGGCCUGCAGGCUUGGGAACAACCUGUGACCCUGCUCCGUGUCCACCUCCUGUAAUGGCCAUUUGACUCUCCUGUGCGUAACGUGAAUAAAUGAAGUUUCACUCCAAGGACCCCAAAAAGCAAACCACACAACACAGUGUGGCCUUUUCCAGGACUAGAAAGAAUUCAGCGGUGCUCUUGGGGCCGCUGUGGCUGAGGCCCAGCAGGGAGGUCACGUGUGUGGUUAAGUGCCUCACACACGGAGCUGCUGAUCACAGGUGCAGGGAGGCCUACCAUGUUCCAGGUGAACUGAAGGAAAAUGAGGACACAGGCGACGCCAGGACUGCUGCCCACGUGCCUGGCCCUCUGCUCCCCACACGCCUCAUCCCAGACCUCUGGGGAUCAGAAUGGUCACUGUGGGGCCCUCACUACUUGCCAAGCAUAGCAACCCCAGGUCAGUAAUCGCCUUUCUUGUCCGUUUUUCAGAUGGGGCAGGCCUGGUGGUGAGUGGGGGGGCUGACCAGCAGCUGGAGCUCAUGGCAGGUCUGACUGCUGGGCAGACUGGCUCUGGGGAUGGAAGCCUGUUGUUUCCCUGAAAAAGAACUAAGCCUGGCCUGGGUUUCAUGGGUGUCUUCAGAGACCAGCUGGCUAAGUCAAGGCCGUUUCAGGUACCAAGGAAAGGGUGCCCAGUAUUGCUCCCGAACUUCUACUCAUACGACCCCUCAGAGAGCCCUGUACAGUACAGGGACACAGAGCUGUACAGUGACGGCUUUCUGCUCUCCACAGCCAAGGGCUUGGACUCCA